UUCACCCGCAAGGGGAUUUGGAUGGCCCCUUCGUCAAUUGUCCCUGACACGGAAGGUCGCUGUCUUCUUGGUAAUGCUACUUCUUCCUAAAGACGCCUGGGCCAUACGCCCGUUUGCUUUCGAGAUGAGACGGACUCUUCCAAAGCACCUCAUUGCCUUCGAGGAGAACCAAGUCUCCUCAACAUGUUACUGUCGAGUAAAAUGCAUGAUGAAUAUGUCCUGUACGGCUGUCAGCGUUCUCGUCAACGAAGGUUCUGGAGUUACCAACUGCCUAUUCAGCGAUACGAUUAUUCCAAUGGAUGAACUUUCAGAAGCGGACGCUGCCUACACUUGGGUUUACAAUGCCACAGUUGCCACCGACAAGGAGACUGCUAAUUUUAGUCCUAGGGAGACAACAGCCACUACAGCUGCAUCUGAAGCAACUUCAACCAGUACCUCUAUGAAAACGGCCGCCCUUGUAACGACCACACAAACAACUACAACCACUCCUUCAACAACUGCCACAGUUGCCACCAACAAAAGGAUCGCUAGUUCCAGUCCUGGGGAGACAUCAGCCACUACAGCUGCGUCUGAAGCAACUUCAACCAGUACCUCUAAGGAAACGACCGCCCUUGUAACGACCACACAAACAACUACAACCACUCCUUCAACAACUGCCACAGUUGCCACCAACAAAGAGACCGCUAGUUCCAGCCCUGGGGAGACAACAGCCACUACAGCUGCAUCUGAAGCAACUUCAAUCAGUACCUCUACGGAAACGACCGCCCUUGUAACAACCACACAAACUACUACAACCACUCCUUCAACAACUGCCACAGUUGCCACCAACAAAGAGACCACUAGUUCCAGCCCUGGGGAGACAACAGCCACUACAGCUGCAUCUGAAGCAACUUCAAUCAGUACCUCUACGGAAACGACCGCCCUUGUAACAACCACACAAACUACUACAACCGCUCCUUCAACAACUGAAACAACUAGUUCCACUACAAGUGAGGGAACCACCACUACAGCUAUAACUAGUCCCACUACAAGUGAAGUAACCACCACUAAAGCUACAACAUCAGCGACAACUACAGCCAGCACCUGCUUGGCAACAACCAUUUCUGUAGCACCAACUCUUCCAACAACUAACACAGCAACUGGACCCAUAAGUUGCGACAGUAACUGGAUAGCAAACGGAACUUCUUGCUACUUCUUCAGCCCAAGCAAUGACACAGCAAACUGGGAUACAGCCAAGCAAAGGUGCAUCAAUAUGAACAGCACUUUGGCAAUGAUCACCAGUGAUCAAGAACACGACUUUAUUUUCGAUAAGGUUGUAACUGAUGCAUGGAUUGGGUUGUAUUCCCCAUACUCGAACAGGACGUAUUUGUGGAUUGACGGCACCAUACCAAAUUUAUGCAAAUGGAAAGCCGGACAACCUGACAAUUGGUCUUUCAAUGGUUCUAAAGAGUCCUGUGGUGAGAUGCGUAAGAACUCAGGCUCAGGAGGAUGGAAUGAUGCCCCAUGCUCCACCCUUUAUAGGUAUGUCUGCGAAAAGUCGGUAUAAAGAGCUACUUGACAGGAAGGAAACUGAAGCCCAGUAGGUACAACAGAGCUGCUUCAAAAGGGACAACCAGGAAUGCUGUGGACAUGGCUUGAAUUUUCCUAUGUAUUUGUUUAGAUACAAAAAUGACAUGACAUUCACUUUCAAUGUUCAGACACAUGAGUGAUCAUAUAAAACAACAUAGAUCACAAAAAUGACUUGAUAUUCACUUUGCAUGUUUAGAUAAAUGAGUGAUUAUGUGCUUCUCACUUGCUUGUAUUUAUUCAUAAGAAGCUUGUUUCU